AUGGCUUGGUGUUCAGACUGUGCACGAGAAGCGCAUGAAGAUGCUGCCUCAACAUUUUCGGCUGCCGUCACUGCAUGCGGCUCGCUGGUCUCUGGGAGCAACGACCGCUCUGCUGCACAGAAGGCUGUUCCAACGACCGCCCAGCUGCAGAGCCUCCCUGUCGAGGCGUUGUCACGAUCCUCACCGUCGGAUGCCCAGGUGUUGACCGCCCCUUCCACUCGCGAAGAAGCGACGCACGAGCUGCUGGCGAUCAGCCGGAACCAGGGCAGCGCAAUGAUGUCAGCCGGCGACUUCCGCGAGAUGGUCCGGGCCGCGACUUCGAUGAACGAGGAGGUCCGGAGCAAGCCCUCGGCGCGCUUGUCUUCAGGCAGUGGGCGUCGAAGCUUUGCGGGACUUUUUUUGAAGGAAGCAACGGCAGCAAAGGUCGAUGCAAUUGUUUGGCGCGGAAUCCUGCUCCUGUUGAGUGUGAUUGCAAUCUGCACCAUCAGCUUCAUUGUGGCUUUCGCGGUCCUCGGGAACCAGGUCGGGGAUGAGCUGACAAUUGUGGAGCCUUGGCAGUGGGUCGGCACACCAGAGAACCUGAUUGAUGCGCUGCGCGGGCAGUGUGUAGCACUGAAGCAGCAAGCUUCACCGCUGCUCGAAAAGAUCGAAGAAUACAAUCGUCAGCACGGCUUUCGGGAGGUCGGUUUCGUUUCGCGCUCUGGGAAGCAGGCAAGAGCAAUCUUUCUGCCAAAUUCCUCCCUUUCGCCACGUGUAGUGGUUGUUCAUGGACGUCGCUCGCAUGGCCUUGCCAGCGCGGCACAGGCUGCUGGCUACUUCCUCCGGCUCUCAGGGAUCAGCGCGCUGAUCAUCGAAGAUCUCGCGGCGGCGCGUGAAAAUGAGAGUUCUUGGCUGCUGGACGAUGACACGGUUCUUGGGGCUUGGGAUUAUGCGGCAGAGGACCCAGAGGGUCUCCUUGGAGGUGCGCUGCCAGCCAACCAGGUUGCCCUCAUGGGUUUCGACUUCGGUGGCUUCGCCGCGCAGCGUGCUUUCCUUCGCGAGCCGCACAUCCGAUCUCUGCUGGUGGACGGAGUCGUGCACGAUUUCGAGGCACUCAUUCGGGAACAUGUUGUGCGGCUCCUGGGAAGCUGGAGCUCGACGAUGCUGAGGAACCUUUUGACGCAGCAGGUAAAGAGCCGCUGCGAGUUCAACCUACAGACGAGGCUCAGUGAGGCCAGUCUGAGCGGCCGCUUUGCCGAUCGGACUGUGAACAACGGCACCAGAAUCGGCAUCUUCCGAUCUGCGGAUGACGCCGUGAUUCCUGGAGAUGAGCAGUACGACUUGCUCACCUCCGCAGUCUCCAGGAAUGGUCAAAUAGACUCUGUCAGUUGGUUGUCGACCUAUACCGGCCCAAGCAGUGACGCUUGCAACGAGCAGAGGGCGCUGCACCUCUCGUCUCCGACAGAGUACCAAGCGCAACUCUGUGCGUUCUUCGUGGAUGCCUUUGAGCUUGGAGGUAGCUGCAGGUGA